AUGCACGAAUCGCUCUAUUAUCCGCCAUACUGUUUCAAUUUGAAUGCCACUGAAUUCGUAAAACUCGGUUUCCCACCGGAAGCAUCCUCGAGUGGAUGCGAAGCUGCACAACCAGAUGAGAAAAAGUCGACGGCAAGACGUUCGCGUACCGCCUUCAGUGAUAAACAGCUUGAGGAGCUGGAGCGCUGCUUCAACAAUUGCCAAUACCCGGACCUGGCCACGCGCGACCGUUUGGCCAAGAUGGUGGACUUGCCCGAGUCGAGGAUACAGGUAUGGUUCAAAAACCGUCGCGCCAAACACCGAAAGCGGCUGAACAAUAUGCGAAGGGGGGAGGUCGAUGAAGAGCUCGAUGGAGCAGAUGAGCGAGACGCUGACACACAGCCACCACCCACAAAGAUGAGCCCGAAGAAUGAUGGGGCCAUGAUUACGUGGACUCCUGGUUCGAUGUUUGGGCAGGCCGGGAUACCGUAUCCCGCGUCGUUUUAUCCGUUUAAUGGGAUGUCAUGGCCGAUGAUUCCAACCUUCCCCGACUUCUCGCCGACGCCCGCCAACGUGAAAAUG